AAAAGAAACACAAUUUCAAAACAUUAUUUAAAUUAUAGUUUUUAACAAGAGAGAAAAGGUCGAAAACAUAUUGAAAAGCUGGCAAAUAUAACAUUAAAGAAUUAUAACGCCAAUUAAAAUGUGAAAUAAUGUGAAUUUGACGGCUUUAGGAAAAUAUAAAACUUCUUACUCAGAAAUUUCUAAGAAAAACAAAUUUUUUUGAAAUUCAUAACAAAAAAAAAGUUAUUACAAUGGUUGCACCUUUUAAAUACGAUUUGUGGAAUUCGGAUCCAAUCCGUGAAGAUGAUAAUAUUCAAGUGCAUUGCUUUAUGCCAAAUGGAAAUUAUAUAUUAUUUCAUUGUCCUACAACAUUAACACUGUUUGAAAUGAAGGAGGAAUUGUGGGAGGAGGCUGAAAAAUAUCCUCUGUUUGGACAUCUACGUAAUAAAGCAAUGUACGUCAUUAAAGCUAUAAAGUCUCCUUCAGCACUUUUGGAAGAAAUAAUAGAUGAGUCGCAGAGAAUAUGCGACGUACAGCCUUAUUUCGCAUUAUUUAGGAUAUCAGAACGUCUUGAGAAUGAAUCAGAAGACAUCAAUUUAAACAAAAAUAUUAAUAGUCUCAUAGGAAAGAAACUUGAUGACUUCAGAACAUUAAAAAAUCCAGAGGUAAACGAUUUUCGGUACCAUAUAAAUGUAUUGGGCGAACAAAUUGCAAAUCGUCGCUCGAAAAUGACUCUGAAAGAGAAAAUCUUGUAUCAAUAUCCUCCAAAAUUAGCGAAAAUUAGCGAAAUCCCACAUGCUGUUCAACCGGUGUUAAGGGAAAAUAAUGAAUUUCAAAUUGUUGCGAAACUAUCCAAUGAGAAUAUAUCAACAAUCACACUUCAGGUUUCGUGUUUUAUUAAUCCAUCGCAAUUACUUGAGCAAAUAAUUCUAAAGAAGCAAUCAAAAUUGAAGAAUUAUCGAGGAAAGAUGCAUGACUAUAUUUUAAAGAUUUGCGGUCAAGAAGAAUACAUCUUUGGAGAUUUUCCGCUCAUUCAAUUUUUGUAUAUUCAAGAUCGAUUGUCGCGUGGUGAAAUGCCGAUGGUCGUUGUGACUUAUGUGACUGACGUGUACGUCUUUACUAGUAAUACUGAAAUUUUAGAGAAAAAUCAACCGAAAAAGCAAAAUAAAGGCGGAGGUGGUGGUAAUACAUCAACAUUAAGAAAGAAAGGCAAGAACAAAACGACUUGGGAAGUUGAUGAUAAUUUCCAAAUCACAAUUAAUACAAUCUACAAUUUAAAUAUUGAUGCUAAUAAGACUGUUGAAAUUGGAAUUCAAGCGGGUAUUUUUCAUGGUGGAAAAUCCCUUUGCGAGAAACAAAAUACGGAGGCAAAGAAGGCAAUAGAAAAUGAAAAUAAUAAAGCGUUUGCAGAAUGGAAUGAGACUUUAAAGUUUGAUUUAAAAGUUUGUAAUAUACCUAGAAUGGCACGCUUAUGUUUAGUUGUAUAUGAAGUAGCUAGAAAUGCAAAACAUGUCCGUGCGAGACGUUUAAAGGAUACACAAAAGGAUUUAUUUAUUAAUCCAUUAUAUUUUGUCAACACAACAUUAUUUGACUACAAGAGUCAAUUUAAAAAUGGAGGUCAGACACUUUAUUCGUGGACCUAUUCAGAAGACUCAGAUUCUGAUGAAUUAUUACAUCCUUUUGGAACUUUAGAACCAAAUCCUCGUACUCGCGAAUGUGCUCACAUUACAAUGAUCUUUCAUUCGUAUCAUAAUAAUGAUAUGACUGUAGUAUAUCCAAAUAAAAGAGAAAUUCAUGAGUAUGCUGAACAACACUUUCAAAAACAAACACGAGAUGAUGCAAAGCUUAUUGAAAAUAUUAUUCAGCCAUAUUUGCACAAUGAUCGAAUUUCUGACAUUUCUGAACAGGAGAGGAAGGAAAUUUGGGAAAGGCGUUAUGAUUUAAUAACGUAUGUACCAGACGGACUGCCUUGUUUGCUACAUUGCGUAGAAUGGAAUAAUCGUUAUGAAGUAGCUGAAAUUAUUAGAAUGCUUAGUGAUUGGCCUCAAAUGUCUAUUGAGCGAUCUCUCGAGCUACUCGAUUAUGCCUAUGCUGAUAGUUAUGUUCGUCGUUUUGCCGUAGAAUGCUUGAAGAAAAUUCAGGAUGAGGAUUUACAACUUUACCUGCUUCAACUAGUGCAAGCAAUCAAACAUGAGCCCUACCUUUAUUGUGAUCUUGUAGAAUUUUUAUUGCAACGUGCCCUUAAUAAUCAACGAAUUGGACAUUUCCUCUUUUGGCAUUUACGCUCCGAAAUUCAAGUGCCGUCUGUAGAAGUUCGUUUCUCAUUGAUUCUAGAAGCCUAUCUGAGAAGCUCUAAAGAGCAUAUAUCAAUAUUGAUGAGACAGCAUUUAUGUCUUGAGAAAUUGAAAAUGGGAAGUGAACAAGUGAAGAAAGUUGUAAAAGAUAAGACGAAAUCAAAAUUGCUGGAAUUUCUAAAUACUCCACAUGUGAUUACUGAUCUUGUGAAUGUAACGUCACCUCUUAACCCAAGUUUCCGAUGUAGGAGCGUUAAGAAAGAAAAAUGUAAAGUUAUGGACUCUAAAAUGCGUCCAAUUUUAUUUCAAUAUGAGAAUAUCGAUCCAAGCGGUGAGGAUAUUAAUAUAAUUUUCAAGAACGGUGAUGAUUUAAGGCAGGACAUGCUCACACUUCAAAUGCUCAGGAUAAUGGAUAGAAUUUGGAAGUCAUAUGGUCAUGAUUUUCGCCUAAAUACGUACGGUUGUAUAAGUAUGGAUAGACGAUUAGGAAUGAUUGAAGUAGUUCUAGAUAGCGAAACAAUAGCAAAUAUUCAGAAGGAAAAGGGCAAAUUUGCUGCCACUGCUGCAUUUCAAAAAACUUCUCUUUAUUCGUGGCUUAAGGAUCACAAUAGUACAGAUGAACUUUUACUUAAAGCCUGCAAUGAAUUUACAUUAAGUUGCGCAGGAUAUUGUGUUGCAACAUACGUUCUUGGCGUGGCUGAUCGACACUCUGACAAUAUUAUGGUUAAAAAGAAUGGACAACUCUUCCACAUCGAUUUCGGUCACAUUCUUGGACAUUUUAAGGAGAAAUUUGGAAUAAGAAGAGAACGAGUUCCUUUCGUGUUGACACAUGAUUUUGUAUACGUCAUUAAUUUGGGAAGAAGUGAUAAGGAAGCAGAUGAAUUCAAGAAAUUUCAACAAUUAUGUGAAAAAGCCUUUAUGAUACUCCGAAAACAUGGAACUUUAAUCUUAUCACUGUUCGCAAUGAUGAUCUCUACGGGUUUACCAGAAUUGUCUUCUGAUAAAGAUCUCAAUUAUCUGAGAGAGACUUUGGUGCUCGAUUUAACAGAAGAUGAAGCACUACGUCAUUUUCGAUCAAAGUUCGAUGAAGCCUUGCAAAACAGUUGGAAAACAUCAUUAAAUUGGUUUUCACACAACAUCAGUAGAAACAAUAACAAGUGACAGAUUACAAUAUAACUGUUGCUUUUGUAAAUACCUACGUACACAGAUAGUAAUUUGGCGUAAAUGUUACGCUUAGCGAAAGAAAAAAAAAGUGGGGAAGGAAGGAAGAAGAAAAGAACAUGUCGAUCUCGUUAUAUGAUAACUUACCCGAGCAGUACAUCAUGUGAAUGACUGCCGCUUUGGGUUGUAAAUAUUUAUAAAUUCAAUUUUUGUAUGAUUGUGACUUUAAUCUCUCAUUAUUAUCUUCGUUUUCUUAAAUUGAAUAUAAUUUUAUUUUAUAUUAAAAUUCUCAUAUGGCCAAGGAGAGCAUGACGAACUAUCGUCUUCAAUCCUUGAAUAUUGCAUCAUAUUGCUUUAAAGUGAUAAUUAAUAGUAUAUCAUAAUUAACCUAAAUGAAUAUUAACGAAAUUAUAUCAAAGUGAAAGAUUUAUAAAAGAAAUUUGAUUACAGGAUAUAAAUUAAAUGAUGUUAUAAACAUCUUAUUUAGUUAUUAGAGAUGCUCCAUUUCUAGCUUGAUUAUUCAAAGAUUUUAUUUAAAUGUUUUUGACUGUUUAUUUUUAAUUAUUGUGAUGUCGAUUUAUUAAAAUCUUUUUGAAUAAUAUAAUUUUUAAAAUUACUUUUAAUCAAGAUCUUUGGAUGUCAUGCAUCUAUUGAUCGUUGAUUCAAAGAAAAGGAAAUUUGCUUCUUUCUUUUUCGUAUUUGUCAGUGCCUCCAAAUUCAAGGAGAUAAAAUAUAUAUCUUAAGAACUACUAGAAAAUGAAACAACUCUAAUUAAAUAUAAUAAAAUAAAAAAAUGAUAAUGAUGACGAUUAUAGAACAAUUUGUGUUACAAGACUGAUCCAAUUUUUCUAUCCAUUUUCAUUUACAAUUACCGAUGACUACUCUCAAAAUAUUUAAUUUAAAACAAGCAAUAAAAAAACAUGUGAAUGCUGUUUCUUCUUCUCAUUUACUCAAUCAUCAUUUGAAUGUAGAAAAUAUACAAUAAAAAAAAAUAAUCUUUACAAAUAAAAUCACUGCGUACACAGUGAUUCAGCAAAUGAUUAUCAUUAAAUGGAGCAUGAUUUUUUCCUUGUCUAUGCAAUUAAUUU